AAUGCUCCAGACUCCGUGGACCAUAAUAACUUGCAUCACUUUGCUUUGAGCAGUGAAAGGUUCCCCAUAUUUCUUUCUUUGAUUUCAAUCCCCAGACCUCCCGACAACGUAGCCUAUAAAGCUAACCCCAAGGCUGCCACAUUUUCAUAAUUCGUCAACUUCCCCACGGACUGAGGGUCGGGCCCGAUCAAUGACUUCAACUCCCGACCACGACCUUGCCGACUGCAUAGCAAGCUUCAAGUCCAACCCCCGAGAAUGCGAAUACGAGGUAGCAGUAACCUGCAGCCUACCUGAUCAUGCAUGUUGAAGUGAUGGCUGCCUACAGUAUCCUGUUGAACAUUGCUGAAAACGAGGAAUAACUAUUGAGAUAUAUCGUCGAAAUAAUGGAUGCUAGUAUGUCUCACUCCCCAAUCCUGUAACCCUUCCCACCAGCAUGUCUACGUUUGAAUCGUCUCUCCAUGCAUGUAUUCCACUCUCUCGCCUCUAUCAGGAUGCCCAUCGUCGCCGUCCGCCACCACCACAAACAUGCGCCAUUAUCGGUGCCGGCCCAGCAGGCCUCGCUGCCGCCCUGGCCUUGCGCAAACUAACCACCAUCACACCCACAAUCUAUGAAGCGAGACCAUCACCCUCAACCAUGGGCGGCGCAAUCAACAUGGGUUCCAAUGCCCUCGAUCUACUCCGCUACUUGGGCGUUGGCGACGAGGAUAUCCCAGGUAAUCCCACCUCAAAAAUGGAAGUCUUCUCCCUACGCACAGGCAGCAAACUAGGCGAAAUGCCAUUCACCGCUGGACCGCAGGGUGAACCAGCGCGACGAAUGUUCAGGACCGACCUGCAAAGUGUCAUGCUCGCUCGCGCGAAACAGCUCGACAUCACGAUCAAGUACUCGUCUCGCGUGGUCAGCGUUCGCGGCCCCGACUCGUUGGACUCAACGCAAGUGACAAUCACAUUCACCGACUCCUCCACAACCAGGGCAGACUUCGUGCUAGGUUGCGACGGAAUCUUCUCCGCCGUCCGGCGCACGUACGUCCAACCAGAAAGGCAGCCAAUAUACACUGGCUCGAAUCCCGGGGCAGGCACGGCUGCAGCAUACACCGUCUACCCUGCGUCCAAACUACCCUCCGCUCUCCCAAAGCACAGCAUCAUAGCAGGGACAUCCACACAAGGCUGGAGUUUGAUGAGUUACUGCGACUCUACACGAAGCCAAAUCUUCGCCGCAGUCGUGCUGCCUUUGCCCCCAGCCUUACCCGACACUCUUAAAGAUCAGAACCAGGCCCAAAAGGACUGGCAGAUAUGGCGGGCUGGAGCCAGCACGGACAGAGACAAGGACGAGGACACGUCCAAGAACGAGACGAAGACGAAGACGAACAUCCUGAAUGCUUUCCGUUCACGCUUCGCAGACGCGAAACUCGACUGUGUACGCGACCUCGCUGCCAUCGAAGAUCUAGAUCAGGAUCUCCACGUCUACCCGCUCCUCCAAUUACCCAGGAGGGGAACAUGGUUCAAAGGACGGACGUUAUUGCUAGGUGAUGCGGCGCACGCUGUAGGUCCUGCUCACACAUCAUCACUGCGAAUGACUCCCCUAGCCCUCCUUCAAACUUCAGCCCUUGCUCGUCUAUUGCCCUGCCUAGCCUCUAGCCUCCCUUCUCUCUAUUGUUCUCGCUUCUCUAGUUCUCCCUCGUUUCUAACUCUUCUCGCUUCCCUAGUCCCUCCCCUCAUCUCUACUCUUCUCGCUUCCCUAGUCCCUCCCAUCGUCUCUAGCCUCCCGUUUGGCGUUUUUGUCUUCAACCUGGAACUUGAAUCUACACUGAUGUACACCAAAAUAACGUCUACUGACGUGGGUAGAUGCCACCCCAGGGAGAAGGAACAUCCUUCGCCCUCGAAGACGCCGUCCUCCUUGCCCGAUGCUUGUCCCAACAUCCCAACGAGCCCAUCAACAAGAUCUUCAGAGCCUACGAAAAGACAAGACACCCACGUAUCGAUGCCGCGUGGAGAGAAACGAAUAAACGCUCCGACAACGCGAAACCUUCGACGUGGCUAGGGCAAAUCCUGAUUGAAUGGAUUAUCUGGUUAUUCCUCUUCUUCCGGGGAAGCAGCUUCGGACACCGCUUCUCUUACGAUGUACGACAAGAAACCAUCAUCCUCUAAAAAGCCGUCUAUGUUACACAAAAAGGGGCUGUUGAAGGCUAUCAAGACUCUGUGGAUGACAAGCACCACCUUGCAGCAACCCCCUU